UAAAUUCUGACGGAAGCAGGACUCGGCAGCAACCAGCCAAACCCAGCCAUGUCUUCCGAUCCCGACAAGUUGAUCGCAAAAGCCGAUAAACUAACAAAACUUAGUUUAACUAGAUGGAGUGCUGAUUGGAAAAGUGCCACAGUUUUGUAUGAGCAGGCAGCUAAUGCAUUUAGGCUGUCAAAAAAGCACGAGAAAGCAAAAGAGGCAUUUGAGAAAGCUUCCAAGGGACAGGAGAUGUUAUCUUCACCUUGGGAUGCUGCUAAACAUAUGGAAUCUGCUGCUACUGUGGCUAAGGAACUAGGAAACUGGCGUGAAGUUGCUGACUUUUAUAGACGUGCAUCUGAGUUAUACAUUGAAUGUGGACGGUCACAACCUGCAUCAGAUGCACUUGCUAAGGGUGCUCGUGCUUUAGAAGAUGCUCUGCCUGAGGAUGCUGUCAAGCUAUAUAUUGAUGCUUGUGAAACUCUUGAGGAGGACGGGAAGGAACAAAUGGCCUUUGACUUAUAUCGUGCCGCUGCUAGUGUCUAUUUGAAACUUGAAAUGUAUACAGAUGCAGCAACUGUUCUGUUGAGAUGGGCAUUGGCAGCAGAUAAAUGUAAUGCAACUCAUAGUCAAUGCAAGGCUUAUCUCAGUGCCAUCAUUGUAUACCUUUAUGCUCAUGACUUCCAGCAAGCAGAGAAGUGCCACAAUGAUUGUUGCCAGAUUGAAGCUUUCUUGAACAGUGAUCAAAAUCGUUGUGCCAAUAAACUUCUUUCUGCUUAUUCUGAUGGGGAUGUGGAGGAAAUCAAACGGGUGGCUCAAUCAAGCACUAUUUCCAAUCUAGACCACGCGAUCAUCAGGCAUGCUCGGAAAUUGCCGAUGGGUGAUGUAACUUCGUUGAAGGGUGCUGCCCCAGAAGAAGAGCCCUUAGAUGAAGAUGAUCUUACCUAGCCUCUCACAUUGAUUGACAUAGCUUCUGAGUGUGUGUGAAUAUAUUUUCAUUAUGUGCAUUUGAUUUGAAGAUAAGAAGUUGAUGCCCUCUCAUUUUCAAGUGUAUUUUCAGAUUAAAUUGUGCGAAGUAGAAUGGUCAAGGGUCUUUACAUGAUCACGAGGGUUCGAACUCCAUGGUUUCCAAUACCCCCUUCUUUUCCAGCUUGUUUCUUUUCACAUCUCACCUGCUGAACCUAUCCAAAGGGAGAAGAAGAAUUUGUAGCCAAUGAAAAAUGAAGAGGAGACAUAUUUUCGUUUUUCUUUGUAACAGCCAUUUGCAAACUUAGUGCCUCUAUUUUCUGGUGGUAUGUUCUCCAUUACAUAUUCCUUGUUCAUAUCUAAUGCUUCUGACUGAUAUUGUGUUGUUGAAAGCGAACUCGUUUAUCCAAAUGAGAGUCAUCGGUACAUGUU